UCCGCAACGCGGUCGCGCGCCUGCGCCUUGUGCAGUUGCGGGUGAGCUUGGGAGAACCGUGGGCGCUGAGGCGCUGCAGGUGACUCCCACAAGGAUUACAGAGAAAAAGAAUUUGUAAACUGAGAUCUCAGGCGAUGGCUGUGGCCCUGGGUUGUGCAAUCCAGGCCUCCUUGAAUCAGGGCUCUGUGCUUCAAGAGUAUGACACUGAUUGCGAAGUGUUCCGGCAGCGCUUCAGGCAAUUCCAGUAUAGAGAAGCAGCCAGUCCUCAUGAAGCUUUCAACAAACUCUGGGAGCUUUGCUGUCAAUGGCUGAAGCCAAAGAUGCGUUCCAAGGAACAGAUCCUGGAGUUGCUCGUGUUGGAGCAGUUUCUAACCAUUUUGCCCACGGAGAUAGAGACCUGGGUGAGGGAACACUGCCCCGAGAAUAGAGAAAGAGUUGUGUCACUGAUAGAAGACUUACAGAGAGAACUUGAGAUACCAGAGCCACAGGUGGACAUGCAUGACAUGCUUUUGGAAGAACUGACACCAGUGGGAAUGGAACAUAUGCCACCAAAUGUGCACCUGGAGUCACCUGAGCUCCAGGUAAUGGCACCUGUCCAGGAGGCCUCUGUGGCAGAGCCCUGGAUCCCACAGGCAGGACCUCAGGAGCUGAAUUAUGGUGCUGCUGGAGAAUGCCAGCCCUUUCUGGACCCUGGAUAUCCAUUACCAAAGCUUGAUGUGAACUUCCCAUUGGAGCAGAGAGAAGAACCAUGGAUUAAGGAACUACAGGAUUCCAAAGAAAUGAAGCAAUUACUUGAUUCCAAGAUAGGUUUUGAGAUUGGGUUAGAAAAUGAAGAAGAUACUUCAAAACAGAAAAAACUGGAGAAUAUGUAUCCAUUUAUUGUAACUUUAGAGGGGAAUGCCCUCCAUGGUCCCAUUGUGCAAAAAGAAUAUGCACAGUUAGAAAAUCACUGGGAACCCCCUCCAGAGGACUUACAGCCAGAUUUAACAAAACUUGUAGAUCAUCAGACCCCCACUCUAGGAGAGACAGCUGAGAGCUCCAACUUAGAAGAACCUCUCAACCCUAAACCCCACAAGAAAAAGAAUCCAGGAGAGAAACCUCAUCGAUGCCCACAGUGUGGAAAAUGCUUUGCUCGGAAGUCACAACUUACUGGGCAUCAGAGAAUUCAUUCAGGAGAGGAACCUCACAAAUGCCCUGAAUGUGGGAAAAGAUUCCUCCGUAGUUCAGACCUUUAUCGACACCAACGACUUCAUACGGGGGAGAGGCCCUAUGAGUGCACCGUGUGUAAAAAGCGAUUCACUCGGAGGUCACACCUUAUUGGGCACCAGAGAACCCAUUCUGAAGAAGAAACAUAUAAAUGCCUUGAGUGUGGGAAAAGUUUCUGUCAUGGAUCAAGUCUUAAAAGACAUCUGAAAACCCAUACAGGUGAAAAACCUCAUAGAUGUCCUAAUUGUGGGAAAAGUUUUAGUCGAUUGACAGCACUUACUUUGCAUCAGAGAACACACACUGAAGAGAGACCUUUCAAAUGUAAUUAUUGUGGGAAAAGCUUUAGACAGAGACCAAGCCUGGUUAUUCAUUUAAGAAUCCAUACUGGGGAGAAGCCUUACAAGUGUAGCCAUUGUUCAAAAAGCUUCAGACAGAGAGCAGGCCUUAUUAUGCACCAAGUCACUCACUUUAGAGGACUUCUUUAAGAAUUGUUAAGGGAAACAGAUCCUACAGAAGUUGACACUAACUCAAAAGCAUCUUAACCUAUAGCAGCCUAUUUGUCUUGGAAGAACCUCUUUGGGCUUAUAACAAAUUUUUGUUUGUUAUUUUUAAAAACCCAUCUUCCAAGGCAUAUGAGUUCUUAUAUUUGAUUUAUGCUGUCUCCAGAACUCUUUUUUUAAUUACAGUGAAAAACCUUGUGUUCAAAACAACCAUAAAUGAUGACAAUCCUUAGAUACCAUUGUUAUCUGACACCUUUAUUACAGCAGUACCAUAAUUAUCUUACUGCAUCUUAUUAAAGAUAAUUAUAUUAGAUCAGAUCUUUAAUUGUCCCCCAGGUGACAGUAAAGGAGACAGUGAAUUUUGUAAAAACAGUAAAAGUGUGUCAGGAACACAAGGAUGAAGGAUGUAUGUAAUUUGUCUGGUAGGAUCUGAAUUACUUCCAUUGAAACUUUUUUUAUGUUUAAGAAAAUUAAGAUUUUUAACCUUUAUUUUUCAGUUUUAUAAAAUUUUCUAGUCUGUUUGGAACAGUAUUGAUUUGGUAAUUGAUUUUGUUCACAGAAUAAGUAAGAUCUCUUUGUGGAAGAAUAUAUUUGACAAUUUAAGUUGUACAAGUACAAUCUAAUUUCAUUUAGAUUCCCUGAAGAAUCAGCAUGCACUGCUUUUCACUCGUCUUUUGUUAUUCAGUGCUUUUUCAUUUUUACUCAUUCUUUAAGUCCCUGUCUCCCUAAGUAUGCAUCAUAGAACAUAGUUCUGUGAGAUAAUUUUACAAAUAAUGUUAGGAAUCGCUGCCUGCUGUUUCCUCUACCUAGAUCCAUAGUGUACAUCACCAUUUGAGAAUAUCUGUGAGGUCCUCUAGUAAAGGGGGGAAAUGCAUCUCUUUUGACUCAUUGUUUCCAAAAUCCACUUGGCCCCAGAACUUUUUUCAUAUGCAUCCAAUAAUAGUCCACAGAACUAGUAUUUUUCGGAUAUCCCUUGGAACACACUGCCUUAAGCAAAUAUUUCUAUAACUCUCAAUAUAUUCCUGUUAAUUCCCAAGCCUAGUUAUCUCCAGGUGUUUCAAGGGUAUUAUGAAACAUUUUUUAACCAUGUAUGUCUUUUGUGUAAUACACCCACAUGCAAACACACACACAUAUACACAUACACACACAUACAUGCAUACACAUCAUUUUAAGGAGGCAAGGGUCACUAAUUUAGAAAGUUUCUCAGUGAUCCCACCCUCUUUGAAUUUUCUUAUAAUCAUACAUACACUGCUACUUAUAUAAAUGUUCUCAUAUAAUCACGCUAACAACUAAAGUUCCAAUAGUGAAGGAAGAACUCUCAUUGUCAGUUAAGACUGUUAAUACCUGAAAAUAUUCAUUGAGCCUAGUUCCUUAUUAUAAAAUACAAGAAUUGGAUAUUCAAGCAUUUCCCCUUUAUGAAGGUAUCUGGUCAUCUAAUCCUUAAAUUAGAAUUAAAGAAUUAGAGUAUAUCUACUCUAAUCCUUUGCAGUUCUCGGGAAUGAGAUAUAAGUAUUUGGGAGGGUAUAUACCAUGUACCUAAUUAGUCCUGUUCUAGACUUAAUGGUAAAGAAAAUAAGUCAUGAGUCAGGCUCAUAAAGAGUUUAUAUCUUUAGUUAAACAAGAGUUGGGAAACAAAUGGAGAAUAAUGCAAGAGAGUUUAUAAUCAAGUGCCAAAUCAUAUCAAAGUGCUAGAGCCAGGAUGUGUCUUUAAUUCUUGACAUCCAGGUCCCUGUAUGAUGCUGCUAUAAUUCUGGGGUUAAAAUGGAGAUCCCAGUAGCAAUAAACAUGUAACAUGGGAGGAGUCUGAAUGUAGAGAUGAAAAAUAUUGAAUGUAAUGGCUUCUCUUUUCUCUCUUGUGGACUUGCAUUCAACCAGAACAGUGCCUUAGAAUGGAUGUGCCCAACUGCUCUGUAUUUAUGCAAUAUUUUAAUAAAAUGAAAAUGUAUAUGCUC